AAAGAUACUCAAAGAUUCUUUUAUUCAUAAGUAAAGGAUUUCAUGCCCUUCUUACACAAAGCAAACACGAUGAAGUUUCCUUCUAACGCAAAGGAAAUACGAUAAACUUUUCGUACAUAUCCCUACUUAAACCGUGCAUGUAGCCAUACACCACGUUGCUUCCCUCUACUCCAACCCAAACUUCUUCCUAAGUUUGCCAACGAACUCAUAGACCUUGUGGGGAUCAUGAACGGACUUGGAGACGCUCUCCCUUUCCUUGCACCUCUUGGCCCACGCCGCCAGCUCCGGGCAUUCCUCGUCGACGCUGAAUUUGCCACAGGUCUCGUAGGUGUAGAACCAGGCUGUGAAGGGCGCCAACGCAACAUCCACAAAGCCGAAGGUCUCUCCCCCAAAGUACUUCUUGUCUCCGAGCUCACCCUCCAAAAGCUUCAAGAUCUAGAUCAUGUCCUUCCUGGCCUCCUCGUGGGCCUCCCCCUUCAGCUUCCACAGCCUCGUCCCACAUUCAUAAACCU